GAUUUGAGACCUCUACUGUUGGCGUUGCUACAGUUGGACGAGCCACAACGAGCUUCGCUGCGCGUGUUGCAUGUAGGCUGCGGUACGAGCAAUGUCACAGAGGGGCUCUGGAAAGAUCAUUUUCGUCAGAUUACAAAUAUCGAUUUCAGUGAGGGUGUGAUCAAACUGAUGGAGCAACGGUGGAAGCAGAACAACGGCGAUGAGAGUGGCUUAGCUUUUUAG